AUGGUAUACUUUCCCGGUACAGAGUACCGUUCGCAUACGAGUUGCAUGACUGAAGCGCAGAAGUACCAAGGUGCCCUUUACCGCGAAAAGAAGGGCCAACCUGCAUCAUUCCCCGCGCAGAACACGAACGCCAAUACAAAUCAUAACGCCAUGGCCCAUCCGGCGUAUGUCGAAGAUGUUGCGGAGGAUUACGACUCCUGGCGUGACUACGAACAGCGCAGUGAUGACGACGACCAAUCCAUCGCCGACCCUCUUCCGGAAGCACCGACGCCCCCUUCGGCCCUCGAGCCUGGAUCGCCACUUAAUGUUUUCAAUUUCCUUGUCGCCAACCCGACGCCGACCGCUUCCCACGUUUCUCUCCCAGCCACUGCGCCCAUCCAGCUCAACGAGGACACACAACUGGUCCGCUUCGACCCCGAGGCCAGUGGUAUGACGGAGACUUGCGAGGACGCCGGUACCAUGGUCCGGUAUGACAGCGCCCAGGUACCAACCCACUUGGAGACCCCCGCGCCAAAGGCAGCGCGGAAGAAGGUGAAGGACACAGACAAGGACGCCAAGAAGGACAAGAAGCGGAAGAGGUUACACAUCGAGACGGAUCACAUCAUGACAGAUGCGCCGCCGGUGCUGCAUUCAGGAUUGACGGGCGGCAUGAACCGGUUGAUGUCCAGACCCACCGUCUUCCCGCCGUCGCCGGAUUACUCUGGCGGUGACGUCGCCGAGACGCCAGCCAGCCCGCUCAAGAAGAGCAAGUCGAGACAUCGCGGGUCUAGCCGGGCAACCGAGACCCUAGGUAACAGCCUCAUGGCCAUGAUCGCCGCCAGCUCCAAGCCCAAGCCCUCAUCCAAGAAGCGUACCAAGUCAAAGUCCAGCUCGACACCGUCCAAGGCAAAGAAGAAGCGCGGCACCAAGGCCCUCGAGGCGCCACAGGAGCAGAAGCUCCUCGAGUUCAGGCCCGGGUCCAAGGACGGCAAGGAGGAAAACGGUACCAUGGUCGUGUACAAACCGCGGGCGGAACACUUCCUCAGCUUUGUCAACAAGGGUCCCGAGAGUGAGCGCGGGUGCAGCGUCAACAAAGCUCUGAAGCGGUUCCAUCGCGAGAGGGGUGCGUCGGGUGUGCCGGUGACUAAGCUGAUGGAGGAGAAGGAGCUGUGGAGGACCCUGCGGAUGAAGAAGAAUGACCGCGGGGAGAUUGUGCUGUUUUGUAUCGAUGAUGAAUGA